AUGCACAUCAGCUUCCAGAGAGUCGGCGAGGUAAGAAUGGCCAAGAGGGGCCUCGCCGAAGAGGUCGCGGGCCCCAGGGGGCCUGGCCCCUCUGGCGCCAGACUGCCCGACCGCGGGCGUUCAGGCCUGGAGGGCCGAGAAGUCGAUCGCCUGCGCUUUCCCUCGCCAGCUUUCCAAGAAAGUGCGCGUGCCCAUGCGGCGGCGGUGGGAGAUGGCGUGCGCGCGCCGAUGCAGAUCGACGCGACCAGCAGUGGCGCAUGCCAGAGUUCGGCAGAGGCGGUAGAUGAGUUACAGAUUUCGUUCGGUUCCUCAUCAGCGAUGGUGAUUGCAGCCGUCACUUGUUGCCUCGUCAGGGGCAGCUGGUACGUUGGUUCCCACGUUCUGCGCGAGACUGGGUCGAGAAGUGGACCAUUGACGCAGUGA